AUACCGCCGAUUCGAACCGAAAGUGUCAACCCACUCUCUCUCCAUCCCAUAUUCAUCUCCGUUUUCGUAAUUGCGCGUGCGCCAAGGAAUACAGAAAGCGAUAUAUAGAAAAGGCGAGGAAAAGCGGAGAGUUUAGUGCGCGAUCGUACGAAUUAAGGAUCCGCCGUUGUCCUUAAACCCGUAACCGUGGCGAAGGAACUGGCCAAUCUGUUGACGCAGCAGACCAACAGUCCCGAGAUGACUCAACAACCACAAUGGGGCAUAAGCCUGUCGAGGUAUUUCGUGAUCCCGCAGCGAGUGAUCCUGGCCAUCAUGGGCUUCCUGGCCAUCCUGAAUGCCUACACGAUGCGUGUCUGUCUCUCGCAGGCCAUCACGGUUCUGGUCAUCAAGAAGAACUCCACGGACGACGAUGCUGAUCACGCGAUCUGCGAACCCGAUGACUUGGACGAGGGAACUAGCACUGGUGGCGAUUUCGAUUGGUCAGAGGAGCUGCAGGGCUUGAUCCUGUCCUCCUUCUACAUCGGUUAUAUUGUCACCCACAUUCCCGGCGGUCUGCUGGCCGAGAAGUUCGGCGGCAAAUGGACCCUGGGCCUGGGAAUCCUCUCCACCGCAGUUUUCACCAUGCUGACGCCCCUGGCCAUCGAGCAGGGAGGCUCCGACUGGCUGAUCGUGACCCGAGUUCUGAUGGGUCUGGGCGAGGGCACCACCUUCCCCGCCCUGAGUGUCCUGCUGGCUGCCUGGGUGCCGGCCAACGAACGUGGAAAGCUGGGUGCUCUGGUGCUGGGCGGUGGUCAAGUGGGUACCAUCAUGGGCAACCUGUUGUCGGGAGUGUUUAUUGAUGCCUACGGCUGGGAGUUUGUCUUCUACUUCUUCGGCGGUCUGGGUUGCAUCUGGUUUGCCAUCUUUGUCUUCCUUUGCUACAGCGACCCCACUUCGCAUCCCUUCAUCAAGCCCAGCGAACGCGAGUAUCUGAGCAAGGAGAUUGGCACCAUUAGCCGCAACGAGGAUCUGCCCCCUACGCCGUGGAAGGCCAUCCUCACCAACCUGCCCAUGUUCGCCUUGGUUGCCGCCCAGAUUGGUCACGAUUGGGGCUUCUACAUCAUGGUGACGGAUCUGCCCAAGUACAUGUCCGAUGUCCUCCAGUUCUCGAUCAAGGCCAACGGCCUGUACUCCUCGCUGCCCUACAUCAUGAUGUGGAUCGUGUCCGUGGGCAGUGGCUUCGUCGCCGACUGGAUGAUCCGCAGUGGCUGGAUGAGCACCACGAACACCCGUAAGAUCAUGACCGGUCUGGCCGCCUUCGGUCCGGCUAUCUUCAUGGUGGGCGCCUCCUACGCCGGCUGCGAUCGCGUCCUCGUCGUGGUCCUCUUCACCAUCUGCAUGGGCCUGAUGGGCGCCUACUACGCGGGCAUGAAGCUGAGUCCCCUGGACAUGAGCCCCAACUACGCCGGAACCCUGAUGGCCAUCACCAACGGAAUAGGAGCAAUCACCGGAGUGAUUACGCCUUAUCUGGUGGGCGUGAUGACACCAAAUGCCUCGCUGCUGGAGUGGCGUCUUGUGUUCUGGGUGGCAUUCGGCGUGCUCUGCGUCACUGCCGUGGUCUACUGCAUCUGGGCAUCCGGAGAGGUGCAGCCGUUCAACAACGCCCCCAUUCAGCCGCGUACCGUGGACUUCGAGGCGCAGGAGCGCAAACCGGAGGCCGGAAAGUCCAGGGGUCUGGAGCAGAGCUCUUAGGGCGGAUCGCCAACGAAAGUGCCAUAUACAUAUACAUUGUAAUCUAGUUAAAAUGCUGUCUACGUGGAUUCGUGAUCCGGGAACGAGUCGAUCCCAUGGGGCAUUGUCAUACUGUAUACGCCGUGGCUGUUGUUCAGAUUGCUAGUUUUAUAGUAUUCCCGAUCUGGCCGAUCCCUGGCAGAGGCGCCAAACAACUAAUUUAAGCGAAUUUACUUACACUCCCGAACGUGCGCAGUGUUCUUCUAUGUGUAUUCCUGUUUUAGCUAGGAUAAUCCAUGUACCCCAAUCCUAAAUCCUAAUCCAAGAACAUCCCCCUACGCAGCGCACGCAACGUACUCUCUUAAUUAUUAUUUAGUAUUUAAAUGAAAGCGAUUUCACGUUUAAGAUUUAGUGUACACAGAGCUCGUAUUGCCGUAUUGUAAAUCAAAUGAUGAAAUAAUUUGUACAUUUUAGAUUGUUGAUCAAUGUGUAAAGUGAAACGUGUUUUUAACUAUUCUGUUAAGACAUUACUGUUUUUAUGACGUUAGUCAAAUAAAGUGUAUAAAGCAAA